AUGUCGCUCGGUGCUGGGGUCGGUGAUAUUCUGGCCUGCGCAAGUCUUGCUUAUAAGAUUUACCAGGAGCUGUCUGAAAUGAACGGUGUCUCUGAAGAAUAUCAAGCUCUGACAUCGAAGCUUCUUAUUGUCCACAAACUCCUACUUCAAGUGGAAAAGCUCAGAGCGUCUAAUCAGCUCGCUCAGUCAACCUUGAAUGCCAUUCGCUUCUUGACGAGCCGGAUGGGUGAGGCAAUUGGCGAGUUUUCAACCAAAUUAGAAAAAGAUAGUCGAGCAUCUCAAGCUGGAGAAUAUGGAAUAGCUUUGAAGAAUAUCUUCUCAAAGGGUAAAUCAUCUUUGGCAAUGACAUAUGAGGUUGUGUCUAUGGUCGAGAGGCGAAUUACUCAUACUUCUCCCAGCUCUGACGAUAAAUCUCGGUAUAAUGCAAGUUAUACUCCGAGAUGGAUCGAUGAAAGGUCUGGAUUUCCGAAUGUCAGACUAAGCGCAAUUAUCACAAGAAGGGAGACAUGUUGUGCAAGACCUAAUUUUGAAAAAGUGCCUAGUCCUACUACCUUCUUCAGACCUGGGCGGGUAUUUACGGUAGCCAUACGAGGUAUAUUAACAGCCACGGGAGAUGAAGACAUUGACUACACACAUCUCCCCUUGGAAUGGACCCCAUUAGACUCCAUUCUAGACCCGUCUGGACGUGAGAAGGAACGAAUUUUCCGACAGAAGAGGAAUUACGAGGCGGUUAUAAAGCUUCCCUUAGCAGCAAUGUUCCAAUAUGGCGACGUGCAGAAGAAUGGACAAGUUCAAUGUCAUCUGUGCCCAAGCGACGUUCAAUUUCCAAAGGACUUUUGGGUUGAUAGACACUUCAGGAUGUAUCACCACGAGACGUUUAGAAGACUGGACGAUGUAUCAAGUCUUGACGAAAGAAGUGACUAUAUUUGUCCAAAUGAGAUAAGCACCAGUCGUCCUAUUCUGUCUGAGCCAGAAGUUGAAGAAUUGACCGCCAACGAAUAUAACCUUCCCACCUGGGGUAUGGAUGCCUGGGUAGGAGCCAUUACCCUGCGCCGUUUCGUGGUCGUCCAGCAGGGUACUAAAUCCUGCCUCUGUCUGGGUAUACAUACUUACUCUGGAAGAGGGUGUUCCGAUCAACCUGAUCAGGAGCUGUUUGCCAUACUCCACUCGUUGAAGUACGUCCCCGAUCCAUUGCCAGAAGAAACGAGAAUGGGCAUCCAGCCUUUACGCCUAAAGCCUGAGCAUCCAUCAACUGUAUUACCCAGCACCGCCCGUAUUCACUUCGGCCGCGUCUAUGAGAUCAAGCACGAUGUGGAGCUGAAGAACAUUGGCCUGAUCCAUAGCUCAUCCAUGAAUAUACUCUCGUCACAAUUCGAAUCUCAUUGUCCGAUAGAUACUCCGAAUGGUCUAGGAGCUUCACAGGACAAGGAUCAAGCAGGUACAUCCGCAGAUGACACAGUCCACAGGCCGGUGUCAGGAUUUAGAAAUGAGCUGUGA